UGCCAAACAGUUGUUUUUUUCGCGUCCACUGAAGUAGUUGGGUUUUUGGUGCGUGAAUUUUUUUUUCGUUUUGCUGAUUUCAGGUGCUUAUUUAUGGCCCGCUCUUCAUCUUAUCGCAAAUCAAACCGCGGGCAAUGAGAAUUGUAAUUGCAUUUUUUGGCUAACGGUGACGGUUUUGCACAGUGUUCUAAAUUGGGAUUAACAUUGAAUUCGAAUCCAAAUCCGAAUCCGAAUCGAAUCCCGGUCAGAACUUGAAGUGAAAAAUGCCCGUGAAGACGGUGAAUCGGCAGCAGAGCCAAACGCCCGCCCAGCAACUGCAGUUGCAGCAGCAGCGGGACGUGGAAAAUGGCCUUUAUCCGACAAUUCCGCCCGAGCGCCGCUCGCCCCCCUCCCGCCCUCAAACGCUGCGGCAGGACACCAUCGAUAUGGAGGAAAUACCUCUGAAUCAGACCAACAACACGGAACCCGACGAUCGGCGCAGAAUGCGCGAGAUAUUCGACAAGCACGACUCCGACGGAGAUGGACUGAUCGGCACGCACGAGCUGAAGGAGCUGAUCUCGGACGGCUACUGCCGGGACAUCCCCGCCUACAUCGCCGACCAGAUCCUGAAGCGCGGCGACCAGGACAACGAUGGCAAGCUGGACUUCGAGGAGUUCUACGUGAUGUCCCUGCGGCACAAGUGGAUGGUGCGGAAUAUGCUGACCCGCUACUGUCGUUACGUGGUCCCGCCCCCAAAACCAUUGGAAGGCGAUGAACCGGACGGCGCCUACGAGAAGCAGAUGUCCAUCUGCCCGCCGCCACUCACCAUGGUCAUUUUCUCGAUCAUCGAGAUCAUCAUGUUCCUGGUUGACGUCAUUCAUUUCCAGGACGAUCCCAACUACCAGGAUCGCAUAGGCGAAAGCACGAGCGGACCGGCGGCCACUCUGUUCAUCUACAAUCCGUACAAACGCUAUGAGGGCUGGCGCUUUGUGAGCUACAUGUUCGUCCAUGUGGGCAUCAUGCACCUGAUGAUGAAUCUGAUUAUCCAGAUCUUUCUGGGCAUCGCCCUGGAGCUGGUGCACCACUGGUGGCGUGUGGGUCUUGUCUAUCUCGCUGGUGUUUUAGCAGGAUCCAUGGGCACCUCGCUCACAAGUCCCCGCAUCUUCCUGGCGGGCGCAUCGGGUGGUGUAUAUGCAUUGAUCACCGCUCACAUUGCCACAAUCAUCAUGAACUACUCGGAGAUGGAGUACGCCAUCGUUCAGCUGCUGGCCUUCCUGGUUUUCUGCUUCACCGAUUUGGGCACCUCGGUGUACCGCCACCUCACCGACCAGUACGAUCAGAUUGGCUAUGUGGCACAUUUGUCGGGCGCAGUGGCCGGUUUGCUGGUGGGGAUAGGGGUGCUGCGUAACCUGGAGGUGCGGCGCUGGGAGCGCAUCCUCUGGUGGGUGGCCGUCAUCGUAUACUUCGCCCUCAUGACCACUGGCAUUAUCAUUCAUGUCUUUGUGCCCGACUACUUCCCCAAACAGGAGUACAAUAAGUUCUAGAACUUAGCCCUAGCCCUAGCCUAGACCAUGUCCAAAGUGCACUUCGAUGUUGAGCCGAGGCUGCAGUACGCACAGUACUAUCUAUAGCAUUCCCUAACUCCCUCCCUCUUUCCUUGCCACGCCUCCCGCCUCCGACCAUGUGCCUAUGUGAGCUGCAAACAUAAUUUAUUUUCUUACAUCUUGCCAUGGCAGCCUCAUCCCAUCUGUACGUAUGAUGUACGUAUUUUUAUAUAUUUAUAUAUAUUCUCGAUCUACAUGACGCAACGAAAUGUGUGGGAAUGGUUUCCCAUUUAAACCCACAGAGAACAAAACUCAGCUGCAUUUGUAUUGUACAUUUCGUCAAUUUUUUUUCUACAAAACCACGAUUAAUCAAUAAUAAUGAGAAAUAUUUUUAAACAAUGUGUACUGUAUAUUUUUGGAAAUUUAUUAUUAAGAUCUUAUAUUUUAAUGCAAUAAAAACAAUGUCUUUGUAUGAAAUUAACGAAAAAUGUUGUACUUUUUCAAUUUGAAAUAAAUGGAGAAAUUGA